CGCGCAAGCUCCGAGAAUCGAAAAUUCAAAAUCCAAAGCCAUUCUCAUCGCGUCCACCACCUCGAGAGGUAUACACUGUAUACGCGAAAGCUUCGCCCGGCAGAUGGCUCUGGCGUCCGGGUUGUGUAACCCGGCAGUGCUUUGCGCGUUAUGAGGCCGCAGUGCUGCUGCGGCAGCUGUGCUUGCGAUGCGCGCCCGCUGGCGCAGGUUCGCGGGCCUGGCUUUGUGCGCCUGCUGCCUGCCGCUGGCUCUGAGGCUUCUGCUCCUCGGCCGUAGUCUCGAGCCGAUGCUCCUCGUCAACGGCAUCUCGCAGGUGAAUCUCAACGACGAGGAGGCCGGCGAGCUUAGGACCAGGAGUGCUGUCGCCUCAGCCGCUGCGAGGAGGGACGCGGGGGAGAGCUACGCUGGGGGGUACAUGGCCGAUAGGAGUCCCGGUAACUUGUCUUACUGCAGAUGGCAAUACGGUCUACCGCUGAGCUUGAGUUACCUGGAGCAGGAGCUGAUAGGCAGUCCGGAAUCGCCGGCCGGUGGUCAGAACCGCGUGUUGCCGUUCGUUAUGCGCGGCGAGGCCGACACACUGCCCCAGGUGACGCUCUGCAGUCACGCUUCCGCUGACCAAGUCUACGGGGUCGUCGAGUUGGCUCGACGCUGGGAGGGACCCAUCAGUCUCGCGGUCUUCGCUCCGGGCGAGGACGUCGGACUCGCCGUAAGGAUGCUCGACAGGGCUUGUCGAUGCGAACCCGCCAUGUCCAAAGUCUCCGUCCACCUGAUCUUCCCUCGCGACAGGCCGGCGGCCUUGACCUCGUCCCGGUCGCCUGCAACGUCCCUCCCGAGCAUCCGCCAUUCGGAGUGCGGUGCCGUGGAACUACAGCAUUCGGCCGGUCAGGCCAACGGUACCGAGCGAGGAAGAGCCGGCAUAGCCUACCCCAUCAACGUGGCGCGCAACGUCGCCCGGUCCCUCGCCCCGACGCAACGAAUCCUCGUCUCGGACAUAGAGCUGCUGCCGAGCGAACGAUUGGCCUCGCGGUUCAGCGCGAUGCUGAAGGGCAGAUCGCCGAAAAGGGCCAUCGCCUUCGUUCUGCCGGUUUUCGAGGUCGAAGCUGGCGAGAGACCGCCCAACAACAAGCGCCAGCUGCUCGCAGCGCUGAGGAACGGCCUCGCUGUUUAUUUUCACAGGUUUUCUUGUCCACACUGCCAAAAAUUUCCCGGACUAAGCCGGUGGAUAUUGAGACCGGAUCCGGGCAGGGUAAGACCGUUGAUUAUUACUCGGAGAGAAUAUCCUCAUCACAGAUGGGAGCCUAUUUUUAUUGGAACAAAGCACGAUCCUCUGUAUACCGAAGAAAUGUCUUGGGAGGGUCGCCAGGAUAAAAUGACCCAGAUGUUCGAGAUGUGCCUAAUGAAUUACCGCCUAAUAAUCCUGGACGGCGCGUUUCUCGUCCACACGCCCGGGAUAAAGCAGCCGCCCCAGCAGCAGCCGCAGCUUUCGGAACGGCAGCGGGCCUACGAGCGACAGAACGCCCGCAUCUAUCAGCGGGUCACGCGUCGGCUGCUCAAGCAAUAUCCCGCCAAUCGCAGGUGCAAAGCCUGAGAUAUGUAUACUAUAUUUUAAAAGCUAUUGUAUAUGACACGUUGACGGAUUCGCCGCCGUGGCGGGAGAGACAUAACGCAGACAAUACUUGAACGCGCGAUGAGUUGUUAAACUGGAUAUAUAUAUAUAUAAAUAAUUAUAAUGUAGAGCGAGCUCGGGAGGUGAAAGGGUUACUAGAUUUGUAGGUGUUGUACUUUGCUUUUUGGACUAGUUCGAAAGGGAUGAACACGUGUUCGAAUGUUUACGAUUGUUUUCUAGGAAGUAGAAAAGGUUUUAUUUCCGUCGAUAUAUGUUUGAUAAUGAUUAAUCUAAGAUGAAAAUCGUAGUGGUUUGUUCCCUAUAAAAGGAUUGUGAGAAAGGGCUGAAUAACCGCUCUAAAUAUUUAAACUCGUUCAGCUUUCUCGGGACUUGAUUAUUUUAUCGGUUCAACAAUCAUCAAUUUUAAUGUUGCAUUUUCAUUUUGAGAGCAUACAAUUAAGAAACAUAUUGGAAGAUUUUUUCAAUGAACGUCAAAGACAUCGAAUAUAGCAUGAACAGAAAAACAUGUUGAAAUAUAGCAUUAAGAUAAUAAUUACGAUAGUUCCUUCGGAAGGGUCAAGACUUUCUCAGAAUUACCUAUAGCUAAAGCUAAAAUUUUCUCCUUUUAAAGAGUAAUUUCGCCGAAAAAUUUAUUAAAAGCACAGAUAUAGAAUUUUUACAUACGUAAAAGAUGCGUUUUUUGAUGAUAGAUCAUUUCAUUUGAUACAGGUAAGAAAGCUUUAAUAGAGAGGUAUAUCACCAUUAUAUCGAUAAUUGAAUACUACAAAUAAUUAGUUUUUCAAGAAACUUUUUAUAGAAUAAUUUUUAAAAUAAUAAUGAUAAUAAUAACUUACGAAUAGAUAUAGUCCGCAGGCGCUUGAAUAGAAACAUAUUGAAAGAACGAGAUAUAAUAAAGCUCGUAUAAUUAUAUAUUAUAUAAAGUAAAUGAAUUUGCAUUAGACUGAAGCACUAUUAUUCAUAUCAAUGAAUGUAAUUACUUGAGUACAAAAUUGACUUGUGUGCGUUUUUAGAUAUAUUCUGAUAAAUAAUGCAACAGCGUGUCGAUAGAAUAAUAAACAAUGUUUCCAAAAGUCAAGUAAGAGGCGAAAAGAAAAUAUAAUGUACAACGAAGCAACGACGAAAAAAUAUAAUAAAAUAUCAUCGAAUGAAAAACAACGUAAAACAUUUGUCGAAUAGGUUUUUAUUGAACAACGUCAAUUUUAACGUAGAGAUUAUCUUUCGAUAUACAUAUAUAUAUAAGCUUGCAGAAUCACGCCAGAAUUUUAUUGCCUGUUUUUAUGCGCUAGAGGCAAAUUGAUGUAGUUUAUAAGAAUAUUGUAUCAAUAAAGUGAGAUAUUUUUUCCCUUUUGAA